AUGUCGGCUACUCGCAGACCUGCAAGUGCUCAGUCACGUACAGCUUGGGGAGACGGAGUGGACAACUACGGAUCUGAAAUUCAAGACAAUACUUCAACCAACGGAAUGGAUAGUCCAGUUUACAUGAGUGGAAAUGAUUCCAGAGCUCUACAGAAAAGUUCCAAACCACAAUCAAGAGGCUGCUGUUACAAGAUCUUGGGUGGAAUCAGAUCAUUAUGGGCCACCAGACAUACAGAAGAAACAAAGGAGAACAGAGAAUUGUAUGUGAAGACCACUUUAAGAGAAUUGAUCAUCUACUUUGUGUUUCUCAUUAUUCUGUGUGUCAUAACAUUUGGUAUGACAAGUACUACUAUGUAUUAUUACACCAAGGUGAUGAGUGAUUUGUUCCUGGACACCCCUAACUCUAAAGCUGGUACAUUCCGUACUGUAACUAAUGUUGAUGACUUCUGGAGAUACACUAAAGAACCAUUGUUGAAAGGUUUAUAUUGGGAAACAUGGUAUAACAACCAAUCUGUACCAGAAGAACAACAAGGCUAUAUCUACUAUGAAAAUAAGCUACUAGGUGUACCUCGAAUUCGGCAGCUCAAAGUUCACAGUAACUCCUGUGUUGUUCAUAAUGACUUUAAAGGUGUUAUCCAAGAAUGCUUUGACUCUUAUGCUGAAGGAAAUGAAGAUACCAAAACUUUUGGACCUGAAGGAUCAGACACAAAUGGAUCUGCCUGGAAUUAUCAAACUGAAACUGAACUAGAAGGAUCAUCUCACUGGGGUUUGUUAACAACAUACAGUGGUGCUGGUUACAUUCAAGAUUUAGCUCUGAAUAUGUCUGAAUCUUCUAAGAUUAUUGAUAACCUGUUUAAUAAUUUGUGGGUAACAAGAGGAACUAGAGCUAUAUUUAUUGACUUCACUGUUUACAAUGCCAACAUCAACUUCUUCUGUGUAGUAAGAUUAUUGAUAGAGUUCCCAGCUACUGGUGGAGCCAUACCAUCCUGGACCUUCAGAACUGUUAAAUUGAUCAGAUAUGUCUCAGCAUUUGAUUUCUUCAUCAUGGCUUGUGAAUUCAUCUUUGUUCUCUUUAUAUUUUACUACAUUGUAGAGGAAGCUUUGGAGAUCAAGAAACAUCGUCUUCAAUACUUCAAAGGAUUCUGGAACAUUCUUGAUAUAUUGGUUAUUCUGUUAGCUUUGGUGUGUAUGGUCUUUGAUAUCUAUCGUACACUGGUUGUUGGUGAGAAACUAGAAUCUCUCCUAUCCAACAAGGAACAGUAUGCUGAUUUUGAAAGACUGAGUUAUUGGGAAACACGAUUCAGUAAUACCAUUGCUAUCCUGGUCUUUAUGGCUUGGAUCAAGAUCUUCAAAUACAUUAGUUUCAACAAGACAAUGACUCAACUGUCAUCAACAUUAGGUCGUUGUGCUAAAGAUUUGGCUGGAUUUGCAGUUAUGUUUUUCAUCAUCUUCUUGGCCUUCACUCAACUUGGUUAUCUUCUGUUUGGUACUCAAGUCAAAGACUUCUCCAGUUUCCAGAACUCCUUCUUUACCUUGUUCCGUAUCAUUCUGGGAGAUUUUGACUUCCAACAACUUGAAGCUGCUAACAGAAUUCUUGGUCCAAUCUUCUUUAUGCUGUUUGUGUUCUUUGUCUUCUUCGUACUCAUCAACAUGUUCUUGGCUAUUAUCAAUGAUACCUAUUCUGAAGUUAAAGGUGAUAUGGCAAACAUGAAGAAUGAAUUUGAAAUGGCUGACUAUUUCAAGAAGGGUUAUUCUCGUGUUUUGGAUAAACUGAACCUGAAGAGAGAUAAGAUUGUUGAUAUCCAGAAAGCUCUGAAGACUGCUGAUAUUAAUAAUGAUAAACAAGUUGACUUUGAUGAAUGGAGACAAGAUCUUAAAACUCGUGGUUAUGCUGAUGGUGAAAUUGAAGCUAUGUUUGCUAAGUAUGAUAUUGAUGGUGAUCGUGUACUGGAUGAAGAAGAACAGAAACGUAUGCAAGCUGAUCUGGCUAAUGAAAAGAGUGCUAUAAACAAGGCUUAUUAUAAUGAAUUGGGUAAAACUCCAAGAAGUGGUACUGCCGGCAGAUCAUCUAGCCGUAUUAGUUUCAAUGAUGAUAGUGGUGAUGAUAGUGAUGAUGAAGAUAGUGGUACCAAAUCAUCUCGUACAGGACGAACAUCUAAUGGUGUAUCAUAUGAAGAGUUUACAGUCUUAUCCAGAAGAGUUGAUAGAAUGGAGCACUCUAUUGGUAGUAUAGUAUCUAAAAUUGACGCUGUUCUAGUUAAAUUAGAAGCUAUGGAGAAAGCUAAAUUAAAAAGAAGAGAGACUAUGGGAAAAAUAUUAGAUAGCAUAACUGAGUCGGAUGGAACAAGUGAUGAAAUGAAAAGAGAACAAAUGGAGAGAUUAGUAAGAGAAGAAUUAGAGAGGUGGGAUUCAGAAACAUCCAUGACAGCUGGUAGUGCUAGAGGCGUGUCACCUGGAGCAGGUAGUGGUAAUAGUAGCCAUGGUGCUAGACCACGUUCUCGACCUCCUUCAGGACAAAAUAGUGAUUUUGUGGUAGAGCAUAUAUCUCCUGUGUAAGUGAGACUUGUGUUCCCAUGGAAACUACUCAGACUCAAGCUGCUGAUGUUGAUGACAUUCCACCAUUUUAAUAUUAUAUGUUUUUAUUGUUGUUGUUGUUAUUGUCCUAUUAUCUUGGUAUACAAGGCUUUAAAAAUACUAGUCUAAAUUUCUCAAUCACAAAAAAAAUGCUUAAUUUUGUCACAUUUUUGCAUAGUUUGUAAUUCUCAUGGGCCUUUAUUUUGUUUAUAGCAAAAUAUCUUUAAAACCCCAUCUCAUAAUUCUCAUAAUUUUGAGUUAUGUUCAAAAUUCAAAUUCAAAAAAUUCCAUCAUAUGAAAUAAGACUGUCCUCUUAAUGUUAAACUUUUCAACGCUGAUAUUUAAAUAUAUAAACUGCUGAAAGCAUUUGUGCCAAGAUAUUCUAGUCUGUAUACCUAAUGAUAAGCCUCUAUGGUUUUGUUUAUGUAUAUUUUGAUAAUUGCGGGGCCAUAACUGCAUAUUGAAUUUGUAAUUUGGAUAAUCUGGAUGAUGUUUUGAAAUAAAAUAUAAUACAAAAACAAGUUGUAAAUCAUUGUCAUUCAAAAUUGUACAUUUUUAAUUUAUUUAUAUAUGGAAUAAAGUUAAUUAAUACAGAAUGCUCAGAUCAGAAGGGGAUAUUUUGCUCUUUGAUGACACAAACUUUAUUUUUUAAUUUUAGUCUUAUUUAUUGUAUUUGUGAAAAAAACAAAAUCUCAGAAAUUUUGCUGAGAUGCAGUAGUUGUGAUAUAAAUCCGUCCACACACUUUUGAGAUUAAUUUUUACCAUUACUGCUGAAGCUUUGAAUUUGUUAUAACAAUCGUGUUAAAAUUUGCCUUUUUGAAAUCAAAACUCCGUCCAACUUAAAGGGAUUGUAAAGAGGUUUUCUCAAUAUUAUAUAAUAUAUAUAUAUAUAUAUAUUAUAACUGCUGAUUGAAAAUUGGAAUGGCACGAAUUGUUGCUACCAGUGUCCCCGAUACACAUAAUUUUUUUUUAGAAAACCUCUCUAUAAUCCCUUUAACUUAUUAUAAGAAUCAUCAAUAAUGUGUAUAUUUGGAAUUACUAAUUGUUUAAAAUACAUUAUUUUAUCACUGUUAGUUGAAUAGUGGCUUGUUAUAAUCUCUUAAUAAAGUGUGAUCA